AUGUCAGAUAUGGAGCAUCAAUUGACUAAGGUUUUGGUUGGACAAUUCCUAGAAAAAAAUGGUUUUACCGACUCUUUGGCUAGUUACUUAAGAGAAUCGGGGGUAUCUAUGACUUCUGUGAAGCAAACGGAGUAUGAUGACCUGGAAGAUAUCAUCAAAGACAGAGUUGGUUUCAAUGAACAGGCUGUCGUUCAGAAAUUGAAAACUGUUUCCCUUAACAGUGAGCUUGAUCCUGAGAAUGUUACAAAAUUUACGAUACCUAGUUGGAACCACCGAUUAGCAUGGGAAGAAGUGGUAUCGACAUCAGAGCAGAGAUCUCUUGUUAUAAAGACGAAAUUUUUGACGGAUAAUCUUCUUGCCUGUGCCACAGUCGAUAAAAAAUUGAUCGUAUCAGAUGUCGAUCAUAAUAAUGUGACGGUAGAUUCGAUUAGCCAGCCGGGCAUCAUCAAAUAUUUUGGUCCUAUAACAGAAAAAUUUCACUAUACGGGUACAAUUGACGGUAAGGUUAAUAUAAGAAACUUGGUUGAUGGUGUCAACAGUCAAUCGUGGAGUUUUAAUUUACCUGGAAGAGCUGUAAUGGCCAUGGAAAUGGUGUUAUUAGAAGAUGGAAAGAUACUCUGUUUCUAUUGCUCGUUGAAUAACACAAUUAAUGCCUACGUUUACAAUUUGGAAACGGAAGAAACGAGUAAGGUAAGUGAAUAUAAGCUCCUUUCUGUGUGUACCGCACUACAGUUAGCAUUCUCUGAGGACGGAUGUCCUGUGUUAUUCUUAGCAAGACAAGAUUUUACUCAAAUUAUGAUAUUCAAAUUCAGAAAUCAUCAAAUACAUCAUGUUGCUAACAUUGCUUUAAAUACGGCACAAUUUAGUACCCAUUCUUUCAACGUUUCCGAUAUGCUUAUCACUUCUUUCACACCGUCUUGGCAUCCUAUAAAUUCUCACAUCCUACAGAUAAAUAGCACAACAAUCCUUGCUGUCGCUACAUCCCAUAUUCCAUAUAUGCGAAUUAUUGUCACAAAAGUUCCGAGCUUGGAUGAUUAUACUGUUGAAGAUUUGUCUGUCAACUCCUCUUCCAUCCCACAACGGAGUGUUCUAGACGAAUAUAUCAGUAACAAUGCAUCAAUUACUGAGACAGUAACCACCACCACAAAGACGCAUUACGAUUCUAUCUUACAGAAUAUUGCCACUGUAGUACCACAGGAUAGUUAUUCUCAGCCUAUUUUGCAAGUGUCUUAUUCACUUGGUGGUUUAGUCGUUGGAGCAGAUAACGGAUUAUAUGCCGUGGAUUUACGGAAAUCUGACACAUGGCCCCUAAAAUAUGGCAAAGAGGAUAGAAUUAAGUCUUUAGACAUUUACAAAGAUAGCAUUUGCGUUUCGCUUGCCUCAAAGAAGUUGGUGAUGUGGAAGCUAAAGUAG